CGAAUAACAGCACUACUAGACGCGAUGCAGCUGACCGCGGAUCAGCUGGCCGGAGCUAAGGAGGUCCCCACGGGGAAAGCCGUCAGCGACUUGCGUGUUUCGACGCGAAUGUGGCCCUGGCCGGGGAGCUCCCGACCCUCCUCCUCAACCGGGUGUGCACCAGCGAUGGCAACUGCCACUCCCGCCCCAGCAGCUGCUGCAACUGCAGCGGAGAGCACGAUUGCCUCAGCUACCACUACGGCGGCGCAGGAACUAGCGGCGAAUCAUAAGGUUAUGGUCAGCGUCGACAAGGCGUACAUGGACGUGGUCACGGCUGCCACCGGUCCCGCGGAGGUUCUCAGCGCGUUCCUCACGGUGUUGCAAGUUACGCGCAAUAUCGGCGGCGUCUAUACCUGGGAUAACCUGCGUAACGCGUUGGUAGUGACACACCAGAUAAUGACCGCCGUGGGAGAGCCGGCAACGAAAAUAAAGGUCAUUGCUGAUGCGGUGGCACGGGGCGAUAGGCUGGUGUCGGCGAUUGGUAGGACGGCUGGCGCUGCGGCGGGAGUCCAUGUCCUCGAGAUGUUCACCAAUUUGUUACCGAAUGCGCAUGGCGUCGCCAACGACCUCUUUGCCGCGGACGUAGCGAGGAUCCGCAAAUCCUUAGGAGGCGUUCACAUAUCGAGCACGGGAGUAGCCAUGGGGGGGUUGGGGGGAGGCAACCCCAUCCCCCCCGGCCGCCUCGCCGGCAGGCCCGGUCGUCGGCCGCCUCGCCCUAUGCGCAAGGAGCGGCUGGGCACUAUACUCCGGGACCGCCCGGUCGGAACGCGGGCGGUCGGGGACGAGGAUCCGGGGGUCGGAGAUAUUCCAUCGAAGUCAAUUGUACGAUUCCGAGGACCAACAUGCAGGACAUGA